AAAAAAGUAAUGCGCAGAGCUGUCAAAAAGUAACGCAUGUGUACAAUUUGAAUCAAUUUAUAAUACAAUCUGUGAUUAUUAUUAACAUAUAUCAACUUACAUCAUCAAAACUUGACGAACACGUUUGGUCAAAAUGGACAAAAAUCAAGAAGAAUACGAACAGAAUCCGUUGAAAUCCGAACAAUUAGCCGACGAAAUCCGAAAAGUUUACACCGAGAAAAUUACCGCGAUUAAAAAAGCCGAGCCCAAAGAGUCAUACACAGCGGAAGGCGCCAAAGUCUGGGCCGAAUUCGUGAGGGAAUCUUUCCAAAGCGUAGAUGAGAAUGAAACUUCGAUUAGUUGGGAAUCGUAUGAAAAAGCGAAGGAGCUAACUUCCGGAAAGAAGUUUAUCUUUUGUGUGAAAACUUUCGCUGAAAUUGACGAUAAUGGGAAUGGAUUAGUUGACCUUGGAGAGGCAAAGAACCACGUUAAUUGGAAAAAGGUGUCUCGAUUUAUGGACAAGGACAGGAAUCUGGACGGCCAAGUUUCUCUGGCUGAGUUCCUGGACUCAGUCAAGAACCCCUUCGACGACCUGCUAGAGGAGUACAAAUUCAGAUACAACAACUACCUUCACUACCUCGAACACAGAAAGUGAACAGAACAUCCAACCAUCAUCUAGCCACGUGUUAAAUGGCUGAAAACAGUCGAACUAAAGUGAUUUUAUUCUAUUUUUUUUCGAGACAAAAGCAUACUUUAUAGGAAUUAUGUGGAUUAUUAAUAGAAAAAGAACACUUCAAUCUUACUUCAUUGUUUCAAUUGAGCAGUUAAA